UCUGACGAGACGCUGAAAGAGGAGAGACCAGACAAGCGCCACUCCACGCGUCCAGUCCAGGCGACAACCGACGAACUCGUCUUACCUUUGGCUCAUAUCCUUCGUCACUGUUUCUCUGGCAUAUUCGAUUACACGACACUGAUACAGUAAUCCAUACUCGCUCUUGCGCCGCCACAAUGCCAUCUAUUCUUAACGACGAUGAUAAGGAUACCGUGAAGCGGUUCAUCCCCAAGCAGUCCAACAAGAUUCAGGCCGUUGCUGUUGCCAGGCUCUACGUAGCAUAUCCCAAUCGCUCAAAAUGGACAUACACCGGACUACAGGGAGCCGUUGCGCUCGUCAACGAUCUAGUUGGAAAUACAUACUGGAUCAAGAUGGUGGAUAUUUCGCCUUCCAAUCGAGGAGUUAUCUGGGACCAGGAGAUUUUCGAUACGUGGAACUAUAACCAAGACCGAACCUUCUUUCAUACCUUCGAACUCGAAGAAUGCCUGGCUGGUCUGAGCUUCGUCGACGAAAAGGAGGCCAAACAGUUCAAGAAGAAAAUGGACGAGCGAGAGAAGAAUGCAAGCCGAGCUACAAAGUCGACACCCUUCGGUGGAGGUGCCCAGCCAGCCCAUAAGCAUGGCCUGUUGGGAGGGCUGUUCGGACAUCGCCAUUCGACUCAUAUCAGCUCUCAGCACACAGCUCCAACCCCUCCGGAGUCUCCCCGAAUGCCGCAUAACUCCAUCCAGCAUCAUGUUGUCAACUCAACGCCCAACCUCAAUGGCUCAAGACCAUCUGAAUUCGCACUUUUAGAUGCGUUCGAUCCUCUGUGGCGCGAGCACUUUGGUGCAGAUCUUCAAGACAAGGGUUUAACGGACGACUUCAUUAAAGAAAACCAAGAGUUUAUUGUCGACUUCUUGAGAGAAGAACAACAGAAGGCCAAUCAGCCUCAUUCGACACCGCCACCACCUCUCCCUCCAGCAGCGAAAGCACCCUCGCCAACGCCAACCGCGAACGGCAAUGAAGGAAGAGGCUCUCGAGCUCCGCCGCCGCCGCCGCCUGGUGGUCGACCUCAGUCAGACGGUCCUCCAGCCCCCCCGGCUCCGAGAAAAGGCGGCCCCCCGCCUCCUCCAGCCCCGAGACGGUCUGGCAAAGCCGAAUCUCCGGCGAAGGAUGCUGCGCCUGAACGAGCGCCGUCACCUCCUCGACCCAAGUUUGGUGUCCCUCCUCCGUUGGCCGACGCUGGCAAAUUUGCACGUCAAGAUCCUCCAAGGGCUGUUCCAGCAACACCCACUCCUGGACCUCCCCCUCCUCCGCGACCGGCAAAGACUCCUAUAGAAACACAGAAGAAUGAGAGCCACAGAUUCGGAGUUCCUCCUCCCUUUCCUGGUUCAAGAGUACCCCCACCAACACCUAGCCGUGGGCCUGUUCCUCCUCCACCACCACCUCGACCGGCCGAUAACCACCCUGUGCCUGCAGCUCUUCCUCCUCCUCUGCCUCCCAAAGUACCAGCUUCUUCAGCUCCACCACUGCCGCCUCCAAGCUCCCGGCCUGUUCCUCCUCCUCCAGCAGCCAACAAUCACCCUCCUGCUCCACCUCCCUUACCGGUGACAAGUGCUCCUCCACCUCCUCCGCUACCACCAACAUCAACAAAUGGUGCACCUCCUCCACCUCCUCCGCCCCCUCCACCCCCAGGAGGCUCUGGUGCACCUCCGCCUCCUCCGCCUCCCAUGCCGCCUGGAACUGGUGCACCUCCGCCGCCUCCUCUCCCUCCUGUUGCUGCAGGGGGGGAUACUGGCCGAUCAGCCAUGUUGGAAGGCAUCCAACGUGCCGGCGGAAUCAACUCCCUCAAGAAGGUUGAUCGCUCACAGAUUCGCGACCGCAGUGGUGCUCAAGUCGGCAGUGGCGGCGAUUCUGGCGGUGCUAAUGCCGCAUCUGCCGCAGCUGGUGCGCCUGGUGGUGGCGGUGGCAUGGCCGAUGCCCUGGCUGCUGCUCUCCAGAAGAGAAAAGAAAAGGUCUCCAAGAGUGAUGACGAGAGUGACAAUGAUGACUGGUGAACUGAACCACAUUAACACAAAAUCCAAGAGAAGGAAGGAAGAGCGUGGUAGACAUAGUUGACAAAGGUUUCUCGACUUGUCUUUUAUAAAAUUUGCACUUGUGGGUAACGACGAGGAUUGUGACGAAUCAAUCAGUUGCAGACGUAUCUUGGUUGUGAAUCAGCACAAGCAUCUGAGGUCGGGUUCGCAUUACCAAAUGGUUGUACUGCGUCUGUGCCAUUUCCAGUUGGCAUGACAAAAGUUGGUUAUGUUCUAUAGACACCUAUAGCAUUAACGAAAUUUUAUAAGAU